UAAAAAUAAUAAUAAUCUGUGCUCUCGGAUUACUAAUUGGUGCUCUCAAAUUAAUAAUCAGUGCUCUCGAAUUACUAAUUCGUGCUCUCGGAUUAAUAAUUGGUGCUCUCAAAUUAAUAAUCGGUGCUGUCGGAUUACUAAUUCGUGCUUUCGGAUUAAUAAAACUUGUUCUCAAAUUGAUAACUCGUGCUCUCGGAUUGAUAAAUGGUGCUGUCGAAUUCAUAUAAUCCGCGCUCUCGGAUUAUUAAUGUAUGCGCACUAUUUACCAACGUGUGCUCCGUGCUGAUGCGCAUGCGCAGACAUUGCCGGGAGAGUUUGGAUUCGUCUCGUCCGUUCAACCAAGGAUUCAUCCAUGACCGACACCUGCGAGGAUUUCAAAAAUCCUGGAUCACUCAAAACCUUCUCAGUGGAGAUAUGUGCCCGGAACUCAGAAUCCUGCAGACUACGUGUCAAGAGGACUGACGGUGGAUGCUUUUCUGAAAUGUCAAGAUUGGCUGACAGGACCAGACUUCUUAUGCUGCAGUCAGUCACAGUGGCCCAAAAAUCCUGAUCCUGAAAUGUUGGAUCACACUGACCCAGAGGUGAAGAAAACUGUUCAAACAAAUACCAUUCAGGUUAAAGAGCUUGAAAUGGCCACAGACAAACUGAUGACUUAUUACUCAUCUUGGACAAAACUAAAACGUGCAGUAGCCUGGUUCCUGAAGUUGAAAGACUUGUUAAAAGAAACCAAAGCCAAGAAAAGGGAGUCAACUGGCUCAAAGGAACUGAACAAAACCAACAUCCAUAAAAGUGUUAGGAAUGGAACUCCUUUGACCUGUGAUGAUCUGAUGAGAGCAGAGACAGAGAUUGUGAAAUACUGUCAAAAACAAACAUUCAUAGACGAUGUUUCAACAUUAAGGAAUGGCAAAGUUUUGAAGAAAAGUAACCCUCUCUUCAAGUUGAACCCAAUUCUGCAAGAGGAUGUACUGAAAGUUGGAGGAAGGUUAAGACAUUCAGCUAUGCCAUACGACACAAAGCAUCAAGUCAUCCUGCCAAAAGGAUCACACAUCACAAAACUUCUGCUGAGACACAUUCACAAUAGCACAGGACAUGCUGGAAGAAAUCACAUGUUGGCUACUCUGCGUCAAAAGUUUUGGAUCCCAGGGGCUCACGGUGCUAUCAGGAAAGUUUUGUCUGAAUGUGUUACUUGCAAGAAGUUGCAUGGUUCAGCUGGUAAACAACUUAUGGCAGAUCUACCAAAAUGCAGAGUCAUUCCCGACGACCCUCCAUUCACAAGAGUUGGUGUUGAUUACUUUGGACCAUUUCUGGUGAAAAGAGGAAGAACACAGAUGAAAAGAUAUGGUGUUAUCUUUACGUGUUUAGCCAUUCGAGCUGUGCACUUAGAAGUGGCACCAGCACUGGACACUAACGCUUGCCUCAAUGCAAUCAGAAGGUUCAUCGCCAGGAGAGGACAGGUGAAGGAAAUGUACUCAGACAAUGGCACCAACUUAAGAUCAGCUGAUAGCGAACUGAAGCAAUCAAUACAGGAGUGGAAUAUCAACAAAAUCACAAAGGAGUUGCAACAGAAAAACAUCCAGUGGCACUUCAAUCCUCCUUCGGGUUCUCAUCACGGUGGAAGCUGGGAGAGAUUAAUACGCUCAGUAAGGAAAGUUCUGAACACCACUGUGAACGAGCAAAUUUUGGACGAGGACAGUCUUCAUACCUUGCUUUGUGAGGCAGAAUCGAUUGUAAACAGUCGACCCAUCACAAAAGCAUCUACUGACCUCAACGACUUGGAAGCCCUCACACCUAACCAUCUGUUGCUGCUUAAGACCAAACCUGAGCUGCCUCCAGGGAUUUUCGAAAGAAACGACUUGUACGUCAAUCGCAGAUGGAGGCAAGUCCAGUACUUAGCGGACAUAUUCUGGAAACGCUGGUGUAAAGAAUACCUCACCCAUCUUCAAGAACGUCAAAGGUGGGCUACCUCUAACAGAAACCUUUGUGUAGGAGAUGUGGUUCUCAUCGUCGAUGAUACAUCACCCAGAAACUCCUGGCCGCUUGCAAGAGUUGUGGAGACCCUUCCAGAUAAACAGGGUUUUGUCCGUCAAGUAAAGGUGAAGACGAAGACCAACGAACUUUAUCGACCAAUAACUAAGUUGUGUCUUCUUGUAGAGUCUGAGUAAGAAUGAAGAGUACAGCAAAUGUAAAUGUUUGAAUAAAUGCUAAGAGCAUGUUUAUUUGUUUGUGAAAAAUAAUUAUGAAGAAUUAAUCAUUUAUGUUUUUCAUUUGAACAUUAAAUAAUUGUUUCAAAGAGUUUGAUAACAAUUAGGGGCCGGUAAUGAAGGAGUCUUAAAUAGCAAAAGUGAGAUGUUUGCAUUCAACUUGUUUAGUUUUAUUUACCGCCAGUAGGGGGAGCCCGGGAGGCGCUCUGGGGGCGCAGGUGUAGUCACGCAGCAGACUCGUGACAGACAAUGUGGAGUGGAGUCCAACAGUUUUUCGACCUCGCUAAGUUCUUCUUUUUAAUUUUCAUAUUUUCUUUGUAAUUCAAUUUUGCUUCUCCUUGGAUGUUUGUUCUUUUU